AUGACGCGAUCCUCGAAAACGAUGACGGACGUUGAGGGAAAGUUGGCGACGAUUUUGACGAAAUUACAGAGAACCUUCGACAAAGAGGUCUCCAGGGUGGGCGCUGUUGAAGAGUGCACGUCGAGGGCGUUGCUCAGUUGCCUUGUUCGACACGCUUUAGACGAUUUCGAUCAAGAAACGCGUCGCUUCGAGCCAAGAGAUCCGGUGAUGAUGGCCCGCGCAAAGCUCAGAGCAUAUUUACAGGGAACCGCCGAACGCGAGUCGCAUAUCCUACGCGAUCGAAUCGAGGCCGAUAAAAAGAAUCAACAACGAGAGAAAAUAUUGGCCGCGGAGUUCAUCCCGAAAUUAGUCAAAGAUGCGAGGAAGGGAAAAGAGGCAAAGCUCGAAUCGGAGCCACUGCACAGAAACCCAGCCGUAGACGCGCGUCAAUCGGUACCGAAGCUGAGACAGUCGGAGCUGACCCCCCGCGGGCGUCCAUUCUCGAUGAAAUCGAGCACAAACUCGAGUCUUCCGCAAGCAAGGCAAGCGAGACCAGCACAAAUACAAACUGAAAAGCCAUCGCUUCCGAUGCAGAAAAAGAUCUCCUCGUUCUCUCACAACGACAAUGCUUUUGAUGGAUUCAUUUCAAAAAGGAGACACGAUGAAUUCUUUAAUGGAGAAGUGCUUCACGUGAACCCGGUGCAUCGUCAUUUGUAUCCGCACGGAUCGCAACAAUUCGAUAAGAAAUGCGUUCGUAUCGAGGCCAGCACAGCGAACGUGCAAGAGGCGUUGGCCAGAGAGGCACGAGACGCCAAGAAUCGAGAAACAAAGCUUAAACGCGACGUGAUCAAAUCGUCAGUGCUCGGGAAAGUCACCGGACAACAGGCGUCGACAAGCGCAACGAAAAUCCGUUUGAUAUCCUCGUCGUUGAGUGGAACGAAAGCAAAAACGAGCUCGAAUUCCCGUUCGAUGGUUUCCACGAGGAGAAAA